AACGUAAUUAUGACUAGUCAGAAUUACAGUUUUAGAUAUCUGAAUUAAGAGAUUGCGUGUAAGCCCCUCUUUGGCUGUACUGAGCUGUCCAAACAAUUGCAUGAACAUUCAAUGGCGCUGGCAGUUUUGGACAAAAUUGUAAGAAAAUGCCACAAUAUAGAAAGAGCUCUUCAGUAUGGGAUAUGCGGAGAGCGCGAAAAUCGUGUACUUGAAGAAUGCUUAAGAAAUUUGCAAAGAAUUUCUGAUUUACUUUCUGCCGACACACACAAUGCACUGAAAAACGGCUUAGGGGAGCUGAAAGUGCUACUAUCGACCCAUGUCCAAGCUGGAAGUGGGGAAUAUUCUGCAGCCCGGGCCAGUUCAGGUAAUAACCAGAUGUAGUUUUUAUAUUGUGGUAAAGCUAUCUGCCUCUUCGGAAAUGAUAGUAAACCCAGCCAGCUCUUGAUUUUGACAUGCUAGACGACACAAGGCAUUACAGCUCCCUCCUUUAGCUCCUCUGAAAAUAAAAAGCGCAGCCCCGGUUCAUGUCUGAUUCACACUUUAAGUUGCUUUCCAGCGUCUAUAAAAGUUUAAAGCUUUGUGUUCAUGCAUUUGCAACAGGAAAUUAUGUAUAUCAAAAUAAAUUUAUACAUUAUGUGAAGUGCAUAGUGUCACCCUUAGGAGACACAGGGACACCUGUAGAGGAUAGACAGAUAUAGACAGACAGAUAGAGAAAAACAGAUGUAUAAAGUAAACAUUAUGCUGAUGCAUUUGAAUAUGAUUCUAUUUUAGGUGGUCGAGGUAGACCAGCAAUUCAUAUUACAAAAGAGCAGAUCAACUUUCUUUUGGCCCAAGGACACACGGUCAAGAGGAUGGCAAACAUCUUUGGAUGCUCAACAUCAUUUCUUUAUAAGAAGUCCAAAGCACUUGGGGUACCAAUCAGGGGAAGGUUGGCUGCAGUGACUGAUGAAGACCUUGAAACUAAUAUCAGACAACUUCAAUCCCUGUAUCCAAAUUCUGGGACUGAGAUGAUGCGAGGCUUGUUGCAUGCACGAGGACUAGUGGUUCCACGGCGUAAGGUCCGUGAGAUGAUGGCUCAAAUCAACCCAAUGGCAACUGCAAGGAGGUGGAGCAGUGCAGUGUCUCGACGUGUCUAUCAUGUGCCGUAUCCCAACAGUUUAUGGCAUAUUGAUGGCAACAUGCGUCUCAUAAGGUGGGGCUUUGUGGUCCAUGGUGGCAUCGAUGGAUGUUCUCGCUUAAUCACUUACUUGAACUGCAGCACAGACAAUCGCGCCUCAACAGUGCUAUUUCAUUUUCUCAAGGCAACAGGCCUCUAUGGCUUACCUUCUAGAGUGAGGUCAGACCAUGGUGGAGAGAAUGUGCAAGUGGCACUGGUGAUGAACCUCCUUCAGGGCAUUGAACGUCGGAGUCAUCUAACUGGGGAAUCCAUCCAUAAUCAGAGAAUUGAGCGUCUUUGGAGGGAUGUGUUUUUACAUGUUCUGGAACCAUUUUAUAGCACGUUUUAUAAUCUUGAAGAUUCAGCCCUCUUGGAUCCCAGCAAUGAUGUGCACAAACUUUCUCUUCACAUAGUUUUUCUUCCUGAGAUUCAAAGCCGACUAGAACAAUUCAGAAAGGCAUGGAACCACCAUUCCUUGCGUACAGAAAAUAAUAAAACACCAACACAAAUCUGGACUGAACGGAUGUUGGCAAACAUGGGUGCCAACAGCACAGCAACUAACAACGUGUUUGGGGAAAAUUCCAACGCACCAGAGACUCUUGAAGAACUUCUGCAACAGCAUGGCCUCUGGCCACUACCAACCACUGAUGCUGAAGAGGUUCCUAGUGUAGUUGUAGAACCAACCCAAACCAGGCUCAGUCAGCAGCAACUUCAGUCAGUUAAUCUUGCAGUCAAUCAUAUUUCAGAUCUAAGGAGAAAUACCAGGCCUGUUGUGCAGAAAUAGCAAAUGCUUUAUUGAUUUAAGUACAUGUCACUGUUUGCGGAGUGACAAACAUCAAGAACAUUUGAUCAAAUGCAUUGUUAUAAAGAUACAAUUACUACAAAUAAAACUCAGAACUGAUAUGAGUAUGUAACCUUACAAAUUUAAUUAUAAAAUGUUAAGGUGUUUAAAUACAUGACAAAUUAAAUAUACAUUCUGGAGAGGGAAAGAACAAUAAAAAUUCUACUUUUGAAAAUGUUCAUGUAGAAAUAACAAGUAUAUCCCAACCCCCUUUUCAAAUGCAUCUUUUGGAACCUAUGAGCAUCUUUAGAAUUGGAUUUUGUUUUUAAUCCAAAUGAGCCGUUUUCAUUACAUGAACUAGAACAAUCAUUACAAAAGAUUAAACUACAAUGCCCAUUUACACAGAAAAAAACAAACAAAAAAAACUUACCUAAGAUUUUCCAGUGCAAAAAUCACUUCAAAUAAGACACAAAUAAGAUAUAAGUAACUUUUCAUCAAGAUAUGAGCUUGUUUUAAGUCAUUUUUUCCUUAAUAUUGAUGAAGAAGAACUUAUUACAUUGUCAGAUUAGUUCAUUUAUAGCAAGGGAAAGAUGUCCAGUUAUAAGUGAAAUUAAUAUGCCAAUGUAACUAUUUUUUCAACAAUGCUAAAUAAUUAGACUUAAAACAAGCUCAUAUCUUGAUGAAAAGUUACAUGUAUAUUAGUUUUAUCUCUAGUGUACUAAGAAAUUUGCACUAGAAAGUAGUCCAAAACUACUUGAUAAGACCUUUUGUUUUUGCAGUGUGGCUCAAACAUCCACCUUUAAAUUAUGAAACCAAAAAGUGGUUAAUAAGACAUCUAUUCUUUGCAAGAAAAAAAAA